GCAAGGUUGCAGUCAGGCAGGUUCUCCUUGUCCCUAUACCAGGCCAUCCACUGUUAGUUUGCCUCAGGCCAUGGCAAAGCUGAUGGUGCUCACCCUCUUGGGGCUGGCAAUGACAGGCUUCAGGGAUCACCCAUCUUACCAAAAACGAUUUGCAGCUUCUCGAGAAGUAGAACCAGUAGACCUUCCUAACUGUAAUUUAGUGAAAGGAAUAGAAACGGGUUCUGAAGACUUGGAGAUACUUCCUAAUGGACUGGCUUUCAUUAGCUCUGGAUUAAAAUACCCUGGAAAUAAGAACUUUGACUCCAAUACACCUGGAAAUAUACUAUUGAUGGACCUAAAUGAGGAAGAUCCAACAGUAUUAGAAUUGAGUAUCUCUGGAAGUAAAUUCAAUAUGUCUUCAUUUUACCCACACGGGAUCAGCACAUUCACGGAUGAAGAUAAUACUGUGUACCUGCUGGUGGUGAACCAUCCAGAUGCUAAGUCCACCGUUGAGUUGUUUAAAUUUCAAAAAGAAGAAAAAUCACUUUUGCAUCUGAAAACUAUCAGACACAAACUUCUAUAUAGUUUGAAUGAUAUUGUUGCAGUGGGACCUGAGCACUUUUAUGCCACAAACGAUCACUAUUUUGUCGACCCCUACUUGAGAUCCUUAGAGGUCAACUUGGGUUUAUCAUGGUCAUAUGUGGUUUACUAUAGUCCAAAUGAAGUUAAAGUGGUGGCGGAUGGAUUUGAUUUUGCUAAUGGAAUCAACAUUUCACCUGAUGGCAAGUAUGUCUAUAUAUCUGAACUUCUGGCUCAUAAGAUCCAUGUGUAUGAAAAGCAUGCUAAUUGGACUUUAACUUCAUUGAAGUCCCUGGCCUUUGACACACUCGUGGAUAACAUAUCCGUGGACCCUGUGACAGGGGACCUUUGGGUUGGGUGCCACCCCAAUGGCAUGAGAAUCUUCUUCUACAACCCGGAGCGCAUUCCUGGAUCAGAGGUGAUCCAAAUCCAGAACAUUUUAUCAGAAGAACCCAAAGUCACAGUGGUUUAUGCAGAAAAUGGGACCGUGUUGCAAGCAAGUUCAGUGGCCUCUGUGUACCAGGGGAAACUGCUGAUUGGGUCGGUGUACCACAAAGCUCUCUACUGCAAGCUCUAACAGGCCCAUCUGCACCCACGCCGUGGGAACUGUGAGCCCGCCAUUUCAACAGCUUGCCAGCCCAGAGAGACCACAGUGAUCUCAUUAAUUUAGGGAACGUUGACCCUAAAUUAGGCCAUGGUUCGGGAUGAAGUUGCUGUUUAACUGAGAACAGAUAUGAUGGAUCAGGUUUUUUU